CUGGCUGACCGGCAUACACCACCAUCAGACGGCUGGCUGACCACACACCGUCUGUCACGUGAACACACGGACACGCACACGAACUGUAAUCUUUAUGCUGUCGCCUCGGCUGGCUCGACGGUGACGUUCUGCGACGACCGCCGCUUGUGUCUCGCCACCCUCCCACAGCUGCCACCGUCAGGUAUCACAGGCAAUGGGUGGGCCUCUGCACACACACAUAGACAGACAGACAAAUGCCCUCCAGGAUGCGACCAAUAUGCAGCCUUGUGUGCGUCCCUUCCUCACCUGUAUUGAACACUGUCUGGUCGAGCCUGACGGUGCCUGGUGGGCUGAAUGCGAUAAGGCAGUACUUAAACGUCUCUGCGAUCACAAACGUGUCCAUCCUGUUCAUCUGCCGCGGGGGCACCUGAUGUGCACAAAUCAUACGUACAGUCAAGUGAAGUAAGAGACAUGUUGGACCCAAAUGUUCGUGAUUGCAAUUAUGCACAUCGAGUAUGGGUCACCAAGUGCGGAAAAGCCGUGUGCCCCCUUGCCCCACUUGAUUAUUGCCAGGAAGAUGCGCCAAGCCCAAUUGCGAUAGCGAAUUCCCCACUCGAGAAUCGCCGCCGAUUCCUCUUCCUCAGUGACCGUGCUCAAGAUGUACUUCUGCCCUUCCUCCCCACCACCAGUGGUCGGCCUUUGGUCAUCUCGCGAGGUGAAGUAAUUCGGCCUGCCCUUGAGCUCUAUCAUAUAGGUGAGGGACUCGACCGUUUCUGGCCGCAGGAGUGUAUUGGCGUCGGACAU